CACUUACAGCUCUCGAUCUUGUGGAAAUCUCUGAUUGGUCCAGCUAGCGGAGUGGGCGGAGUCAGGCCGUUGCUACGAGCGCCGUGACAUCACAAUCAGCUGUUUUGUACGCUCUAUAUUCUGAUCUGCGGAUCAGCUGGGCGAAGCAAUAACAUCACAAACGAUAUCUGCUGGAAAAAAAACACAUAGGUUGCAGAUACUACGAUUCAAACGUCGUGUGAAUCAGAAUUUACACGUCGAUUUCUUCUAAGAAGAACGACUUUUCCAUAUUUUUUUGUGAAUUUACUACCUCAUAUAAAAAGAAUACCUAAAGCUAUGCUUUAAGAUUUUUGUUGUUUUUAUUGUGUGGUCGUCGCGUUUACAACUUGAAUAAUUUUGCAGGUAAGACAGAUCUUUGCACCACAACCAAGUGAGACCUUAUAUUGUACUGCGCCUUCUCUGAGACUCCUUUGUUACAACAAAAAAGGCCAAUACGUCUGUGAUCAACCAGCUAUCUGUUACAUCACUGAAAAAAAAACAACAUUAGUCACUAUAGUUAAUAAAACAGAAAAAAAAAACUUCUAAGGCAGCUAUCCCUCAGGAAACAAAAAACUGUGACCUUUGACUUCCGAGGCAGCCAUGUUCCAGCGGCUCAGUACUCUGUUCUUUGGAAGCGUGGAAGAAGUUACUCCGGAGCUGAAGGGACCAAAGCCCUGUGUGACUGAGGCUGAUGAAGAGGGAUGGCUCCUGGUCAAUCUGCCUGUCGAGGAUGGGCCAGAGGCAGCAUCAGUAGCACGCCCCCGUCCCCGCAGUGAAUGUCAUGCAUCUCAGAUAUGUGGCCCCUCUCCUCAUACCUGCAGAAAUCGCAGGACUAGAGCAGGCAGGACACAGGCAGCACAUCCUUCCUCCCCUUCCAUCUGCUCUCCUCCUGAUCCCGCCUCCUUCUCUCACCUUGAGUCAGUAGAAGUGAAUGUGUUGUUAAGCGAGCGGGGCUCGUGCUCCUGUAGUGACUGCAGCAUGGAUGAGAGCUGGUUUGUCACCCCUCCCCCCUGUUUUACUGCAGAGGGAGCCACAGCGGAGGCUAGUCCCAUGGAGGACCUCCUCAUCGAACACCCCAGCAUGUCCGUGUACGUCUCGCCUGGCCCUCUCCCUCCGGUGGAAGAGAGCACCACCAGUCUGGCUGGCAGUAUUAGCAGGAUGUCUGAAUCAGCAAUGCCCGCCAUGACCAGGAGCAGCAUGACGACACGGGUGACCCGGGGAGCGGCUGCACAGGCAGGUGCCCUAGCUAAAGUUACCCAGGUCUCCAGGGUCCAGAGGGCCAAAGCCCGCACUGAGCGUCGGCACCUGGCACGCAAUCGCAUACAGCGCCAAAACCGUGUGCGUGAACAGGUCCAACGGCGCGCGACCCACACCCGCAACUCCUUCCUGCACCAACCGUGCCAGCGCAACAUCUGCCACUGAGGCAUCAAAGUUUACAUUGAGGGCAUUAUUACACAUAGACACCCCAAGUAACCCAUACCUACCAAUGAAUCCCCUUCCUUCUCAAUUGUCCUCAUUUUGCUUUUACUCUUUGCUUUUACGUCCAUAAUUUUAUUCAGUUUCAUAUUAAUCAGGUUUGUCCUUGAGCAUGAGCCAGUUUAUCUUUAUCCUUUUCUCACUCUUAUCUGGCUGGCAGGCCACCACCAAGCACAAUUACUGUCUAAGAUGAUCCAUAUAUUUGCUUAAAUGCCAUGUACCUCCUUGUGUGUUCUUGUAACACCUAAAUCAGUUUCCCAAUCUGGGAGCAUAGCUGAAAAGGAGACACAUUUUACAUACAACAUCCCUCUAAAUGUAUAACACUGACACUUCAGGUACAUUAGUGCUAUGUGUUGAAAUAUAAUCAGGUUAAUUUAGUUUUGCGUAAAAAAGCCGAACAUUAAACACAUUAACCCUAAAGCCCCAGGUAUACUUCAUUUUCCGUGUCCCGCUCUGAGCCUUUCAAACUAUACUCCUUGGCCGUGAGCGCGGAAAGACGCUUUCUAUUGGACUUUUGUUUUCAAGUGCUCAAAUCAAUCACACGUUCCGUUGUACGUGCACUGUCCACGUGGACACAAAAAUUGGGCUGCACACAGACCCUCCUGAUGAUGAAAAUUACAUCACAUGGACAUUGCUCAGACCAUUGCAGGAACACGGACGGCCGAAGUUUACUUUGGGCUUAAGAUUUUCAGAAGAGAUUUGUACCUACCUAGUAAUGUCAUUUAAAAGUACUACAGCAAUGGAAUAGUCACUUGAAAACAACAAGAAUGGAAAGUAUGUAGAUAAAUGUGUGAGCAAAAAUUAAACAGAUAAAAGCAGUUGAGAGUUUACACAGCAAGACAAAUAUAGUGGGAUAUGUUUGCAAAGAGGUAAUUUCAAAGUAGAUGUUGCUGCCUGAUUUUCAACAUUACGGUGCUAACUUUCAAAAGAAUUUCAACCCCCAAACAAUUUAAUUUAAUUGAUUGCUAUUAUCUGACCUCUGUUCCAAAACCUAGUGAGCUGCCUAUGCAGACAGCAUUUAGGAAACACCUUUCAUAGUUCUGCAAAGGCAGAAUCCUUCCUAGAGAAGACAGUUGCAGUGAAAUGAAUUAUUCAAGGUAGUGGAGAAAGUGGGCAACAUCAAUUUUAUACAUACUUUGCAAGGAAAGAAAUGCCUCAGUGUAUUUAAAAAAAAUAGAUUUUUUCACACAAUAUGUAUGUGUACUAUGCAUUUGUUUAUAUUCGAGCAUUGCCUUUCAUUAGCUUAGCAUCAUGUUAACAUCAAACUUUAUUAAAAAUCAAGUUUCUUGAGGCAGCUUAAGGAAUCUAGCUCACUAGAUUUUGAAACAGAGCCUUUAGUUAAACUGAGGGAGGGAACAUCAUGGACAGGACUGAUACUAUGCUAACUUACUAAGAAGAUUCAUUAUUAUUUUUCAGUGAUCUUUUAGAGAUAUAGCUGUUUAGGGAUAUAGCAUUUCCCUAAAUGUGACGUGAAGCUGAAGUAUAGCUCCCUUUCAACAUUUGAUCUAAUAGGAAAAGAUCAUGGGAGUAUCAGGGCAGUGUGCAAUGUCUUUACAGGUCACAUGAUCAACAUAUAGAACUGAGGAGAGGUUGCCAUAGGCUACAGAUAUAAUCGCUUAUAGAAUGUGCAGGAUAGUAUAGAUUAUGACUGUUUAUUUGCUUUGUGGAAGAUUAUUGAUGGAUGAAUCUCACAAAACAUGUCAAGAAUCUUAAAAUGUCCUCAAAAUGAAUUAUACCCCCCCCACACACAUAUACAUAUAUGUGCUUGCCCAUUGAUGUAGAUGUUUAUUUUGCAAAGUUUUCACUGUAGCAAAAAAGGCUUGAAAGUUCCCGUCCAGCACUUAAUGCUUGUGUGAGAAAUCACUGUGACCACAGAGACAAAGAACGAAAUCUUAUGACCAUUUCUCUGUUUCUCAAAUCAUCCGUUUUUCAGACGAUGUCAUUAUUUGCAUUUCAUCAUACUUCUUAUAUUGAUUAUAUGAUUGUGAUUUACAUCUUCAUUGUACUCUGAUGUUUGUCUGUCAGAGGUUGUUGGGUCAACGCCUCUCUUGUGGCGGACUCGGCGCACAUGAACUCACAUUAACACGUAUGUUGAAUCCUAAAAUGUGCUCUUCCUCGAUAGUCAGCAAAUACCCUCAGCACAUUUACAGGAAACCACAUUGUGAUCUAUCUUAUAUGUGUAUUCAGUAAUGAAUAGACUAACAAUGGUGCUGAAAGUAUAUAAUUAUAUGACUGUUUGUACAUUUUUUGAGACUUUGAGAAGUUUGCACUGUCAUACAUUUUAUGGAGAAUCAUGGUAUUUAGCAGUAUGUUUUCGUUUGCAUUGGUGAAUGAGAUGCCAACAUGCAUGAGUUGGGGAAAAAAAGCUACCUUAAGAGGUAAACAAUUAGUUGCAUUCAAAUGUAUAUAAUUGCAAUCUAUUUACAGUUCAGUGUUUGCGUUUUGAAACAUCACCUUCCUGUUUUCAUGGUAUCGUUUAACCGUAUGUUGCUCCAAAAACUUGAGUACACUUCUUUCUGCUGGGUAUUUUACGAUACGAACCAACAUUUGUCAAUACCACUGUUCAUGCAUUAGGAGGAUUUGAUUUUACAUGCAAUUUUCUUUUAUUUCUUCUGUCAUUUAAUAUUUAACCAUUUUAGGAAUUCUUCUUAUAGUCUUUCCUGUCCACCUGCCAAAAUCUGUAAAACUAUUAUUGUAGUAAGCUAUCUCUUAACAAAAUAAUGUAAGUAUAAUGUAAAUCUAAAUAUGCUUUUAUUUCUUUGUUUUCAUUUAAAACGGACUGAUUCUUCAUCAUAUUGACUCUACAGAGAGAGCAGUACGAAUGUCAGUGGUGUAUCUAGGAAAAGCCAAUGCCUUAUAGCCUUACAAGGGUCCUUAACAUCAUCCACUUGAAGGUCGUCUUCUAUUCACAUUGUUUCUAUGUGUGGACAAGGCAAUAUCGCGUAAUGAACAUAAAAUCAGUGAUCUCUGCCUUCUGAAGAGAUCCACCGCUGUUGUUCACCGUCACAGCUGGGCACUGUAUACUCUGUGUUAUUUUUCUGUGUGUGUGUGUGUUCAACAUGAUUAAUUUAAUUUGUGGGACUAUAGAAUGAUGUCCGUGAGAGACUGGUGGAAGCGAGUAUAGUUAUUGUGAUUUGAGAGUGGAUUGACUGAAAACAUGAAAUGAGAAAAAAACAAAAAUAAAUAUGUUGUAUUUUUCCUCAUAUUGUUAUUUAGAAGAGAUGUUCACCUUAGUAACAAAGUACAAAUAGUGUAUUAUAAAGAUUGGUGUCUAUGAUAUCUAUGGUGAUUGUGCCUUUCACUAUUCUGCAUGGUUUUCAUGAUGUGCCGACUGUUUCAUCCAUAUGACAUGGGCAUCAGAGACCUAUGCAAAAUACUAUGAUGGGUUUCCAGCAUCCUUUCAGAAAUGCAGGUACCAGACAAUAACAAUAAACACUCAGGAUGCAACUGCAA